GUAACCGCUCACCUGCUGGGCAGCAAGUCUGAGCUGUGUCACUAUGUUUUCUUCUUUCUGGACUAUGUUGGAGUAGCACAGUAUCAGUAUGGCAGUGCUGUUGGUCACUUUUACUAUGCUGUGGAUGAGGGCUUGCACAGACACGUGCAUGGCAUCUUCAUGCAAACUGCCAGCAUCCUCAGCUGUUUGUCGUGCCUGGGAUGCUGCUAUAGCAAGUACUACAACCAAAGUCUACCAAAGCGUGUGUGUAAGGUGUGCCAGGUAGUGCCCUCAGCGCUCGCCUUUUUCUGGGACAGCAGUCCUGUGGCUAAAAGACUCAUGUCAUGGUCUACAGCCAGUAAUGACCCAGCUCUUAUCUAUCACUUUGGACAGGUGGCUUUCUUUUUCAGUUGCACCUUCUUCUUCAUCUUCCCUGUGCUUGAGCGCUGCUUUCCCGGCCGGUGCGAUUUUGUUGGACACAGUCACCAGGUGUUCCAUGUUUUACUAUCUUGCUGCACCCUGUGUCAGAUCCAUGUCUACCAACUCGAAUAUGUGUACCGCAGGAAGCUGUACUCACGUCUGCAUAGGAGUAAUGAGGCAGCUCUCUUUGUGCAACUGUAUGUGGUCACUUUGGUUGUAUGCGCACUAAUAACUGCCAUCAUGCUGAGGAAAGCUAAACAAGCGCUUGACUUCAAGGCUAAGUCCAAAAGAUAGAGUAGACAUUGUUGGAACUGUCUAUCUUUUUUUCUUUAACUUGCACAAAAUGACAAGUUGUGUUAUGGUGGGUUGCAUGCUGGACUAUUACCUUGGCUUGGCGAAAGUGACUUCCUGAAGGUUGAGGCAAUCUCAUCUGCGAAAAAACGUGACCAAAAGUAUGGCAUAUAACCUCUGAUACAACCCCUACUUGACAUUGUCAAGCUGCAGUGACACCACAGUGAUAUCUCCUUGUCAUUGUAGGUGG